AUGGCCUGGGUGAUGGUGGUGUACGUGGCGGCAGCUGGGCUUUUCUUCGUAUGCACCAACCGCAUGACAUUUCCGAUUCGAAUUCUUGUCCGGAUCUUCGAGCUCUACGACAAGUGGGGAGAACCCAACACCGUUCAGCUUUGCGGGAACAUGAAGCUGGCUCUUCAUGUGGGGCUGCACCGCAACGUGCUGUGGCAGGCGUACGGCACCAACGCGAGCCUGAAGGCGGCAGUUUUCUCGGUACUCUCUCGACUUGAACCUGGCGACGACUACACGCAGGUUUUGCUCGUCGCGCGGAGUUUACAAGACGUGUUUGAUCUCUCUGCACGUUUCCAGACGUUCGCUGACGUUACCGGCACAACUAUCACGGUUUUGAAGGCGCUCGGAAGCCACUGGGAAGAAGAGGUGCAAGCGCAGGUGGUCAUCGGCACCGCCUCGACGCUCUCCAUCCUUCUGGAUAGAGCCAUUGUCAACCCGGCCAAUGUACAGGCAUUCGUGGUUCACCUCGGCUACGACGAAUCAACGGGGGAGACCCGUAGUCCGUAG